GACCAUUUCAUAGCAUCCUUCAGAGCGAGAGUGAGUAACGUACAGAACUGGGUACGAGGUCGGAGUGAGCGGAGGACAGGGUGCUGAGAGAAUUCUUGACAUCGUUUAUGGACUACACAUUAGUACUUGCUAAAGCUUUUCUAAGUUAAUCAUUUUUUAUCUGUCUGGAAUACCGGUUUAGCAUCGCUACUAUGGAGGCUGCUGUUUUAGAAGCCGUGCGGAGUUUGAACUGUGACCUCGUCCUUGAGCUUUUGCCAGACAGCAGUCAGCAGCCUCGACUGUCGGGAGAAGAAGGGAACACGCCUCUGUUGUGCUACCUGAAGGCUGGUAGUCCGGACUAUGACGUGGUGGAGGCUUUCCUCAGGUGCAACGCUGAUGUACACCUGGCCAACAAAAAGGGGGAAUCCCCACUGGAGGUGGUGAGCAAGGCUCCGGGAGUCCCCCCUGCUGUUCGAGAUCUCUUUCGCAGAUACGUGCCUGGCAUCUGGGAGGCGGUGACCAGUGAUGACGCCAUGAGCGUGCGACGACUCGUCAACGAGUGGUGUAGAGUGGACGUGCAGAAAAAUGGCAAGACUCUGCUCCAGAUGGCGCUGGAAAUGGGCACGGAGAGUAUUAUACGAGUCGUCAGCGGAAUACGGCCUUCUAUGGAGUUUGCCCACAGUGUCCUGUCCGGGGACACGCUGAUGGUCCGACGGAUGCUGAGGCUCAAACUCAAGAUCAACAUCAACUUUCGGAACUUGGGUGACCGAGGCAAGACGCCCAUCUUUUACGCCCUGACUCAGAGCAACUCCGAAAUGAUCCACACUCUGUUGGACAGGGGUGCACGUGCAGAUGUCGCGCUCAAGGGAGAGGAUGAGGUGAGUUCCCCACACGGUCGCAACAUUUUGUUCCAUUGCGUGGACAAAGAUGUUGGAGAAGAUCUUGUGGAGUAUUUGCUCAGUAAAAGUUCAGCGUACCUUGUUACUCAGAGAGUGGAGCUGAAUAAGUGUGCCCGUGACCUGGCACUAGAGUCUGGCUGUUUGUGGAUGGUGCAGGCUAUCGACACAGCGGUGAUGAAAUGGGUGUAUCAAGAAGAAGGUUUGAACCGUCAGAUUAUGGUACUCCACGGCUACCAACACAUACCAGCUGCUCUUCAGAGUUCUCAGAAAGAAGAAAGCGAGGACACUUUCUACAGAUACCUGUCUAUGUAUCAAGAUCAAGUGAGCUCUCUCCACACGGCAGUCGAGGAGAGUGACGAGGAGACCGUGCGACACAUCAUCUAUUUCCGUCAUCCAGAUGACCACAGUCUUGACCCAUGCUUAGCAGACAGCCGAAGACCAGGAGAUGGACAGCCACUGCUGCACAAGGCUGUGCUCCGGGGCAGUGUGGGCGUGGUGCAGCUCCUGGCUGAGACGCUAGUCUACCAGAGGAAGCAACGACUGGACUCUAUACGUGACCAGUAUUUCCGUACUGCCCUGCACUACGCUUAUGGCCUGGAACAAGGCAAGGAGUUGGUGAACUUACUUCUGGAUUAUGGGGCUUCGGAGUUUACUAUGGACAAGGACAACCGUUCACCUCUUGCUUUCAAGGAUAGGCGGGGUCAAGCAUUGAUGAAUGAUCUUCUUGAAUAUCAUUAUCUCCAGGACUUCAGUGAGCCAGAGCCAGAUCCCUGGAGCAUCCCAAUGCCCAUACCGAUGAUUGACUACCUACUGACCGCCUGUCCUCACUCAGGUCACACGUCCUAUCUGUCCUCUCCCAGUCUGGAGCACCUGACUUCCCACUUGACCACUGGUCACUGCAUCACAAGCUUGCCCAGCACUGAGCUGGCUACUACUGAGUCCUCUCAUCCUGCAAGCCCACUGGCCAAGUCUCACAAAUACAAAUCGGUCUCCGACACAAAGCUUCAUCGACUGACUCCCGCAAAACCAGGGCUCGCUGCUCAGCUGGCAAAUUUCCCUGAUGCGGUGAAAUCACGGUUGUCCAAACGUCCGCAUCAUCAGAAAAAUGGGGUUGAUGGAGUUCACAAGGAUUACCUCCCUUUACCGCUUGAUGCUCCGAGAGACAGUGAGGAUGACUACGACUAUGAGGAAGACGGAACAGACUCGAAAGACUUGCUGGAUGAGAAAGAACUGCGGAAGUCAACAUCAUGCACUGUUCA